GGAGCGGUGCAGGGAGGGCACCGGAGAGGCUGGGGGAGACUGUGAGGAUGGAGAGAGGCACAGUGCCGGCACCGGGGGGCAGGAAGGCGGCAGAGGCAGGGACGGGGGUGAGCCCCAAGCCCUGGCCCCAGCGAUGGGGACCAGCACUGGCACUGCUGGGAUUGGUGGGGAAGGUGGGCUGAUUACUUCAGGGUCCAGGGCUGGUGUGGUACCAACACUGGCACCAGCAGGGUCUCCUGUGUAACCCGAUGAGGCUGGACCUGGAUGUGGGGGUGUAUGUGGUCCUGGCAUCCACCGUGGUGCUGCAGGACACACACGGCAAGGACAGACAGACACAGGGACACCCACAGAGACAUCCAUAGGUUGCCCACACCCGCACACGCAGGGCACCUUGUCCUCCCCCAACCCCCCGUGAGUGGCACACAGAGCAGCCCCAUAUCUGACCUUCAGCCUCCUGGCCAUCCCUCCAUGGGAGACUGGCACUACCAGCCACGGCUGUGAUGGUUCUGGGGUGUCACCAGGCUGGGCUGGCUGCCAGGGGUGACACUGGGCAGCUCCAGGAGCAUCUGGAGUGCAGCCAACACCUCCACCUGUCUUGUCCCGCAGGGAGGCCAUCAGGGCUGGUGAUGUGGGGUCACCACACAGCCUUGGUGCAGGUGGCCAGGGCAGUGGGCAGGGGGCUGAGUGUGUUGGGCAUCUCCGUGCCCAAGGCAGGGACACACACAGGCACGGCACGUGCCUGUGGCAGCUGGGCAUGGUGUGGUCACACCGGCUCCACUGGUCCUGCUUGGGAAUGGCCCCACGCCCUGCCCUGAGCCACUGUGGGGCUGGAGCCGGUGUCACCUGCCAGUGUCACCAUGCCAGUGACACUGUACCGCCUCCUGCUCCCAGGUCACUUCUGUGCCAACCUGAGCCAUCUCCCCAGGGAUGAACCAGGCCUCUUCACUGUGAAGCCUGAGGCUGGGAGGGCUCCAGGUGCCUCUGGGCACCAUUGCAGGUGAUGGUAACAACCUGGCACAUGGCUUGGCAGCUCUGCCUGGGCAUGGGGCUGGAUCCAUGGUGGGUGAGCCAACAGCACCCUCUGGAGCCACUCCAGUCCCCUGUCCCAUGGGAACUCCCUCCUCAGCUGUGUCCCAGUGGCUGGAGGGAGCUGCUGGGACCCACUGGGCUCAGCCUGCCGGCCAGUUAGCAACUACAGAGUGAUGAUGGCAUCCCAGGGCUGGCAAUGCAUUGGGAGCUGGGCAUGGCUGGGACAGAUGGGUUGGUGGUGGGUCCAUGUGUGGCAUCAUGACCACCACUGGAGCUGCUCUUGCUGUCUGUUCAUGUCUGGCACACGACUGGCAUAUCCUCUCAGCUGCCGCAUUGAUCAGCUCAAUGCAGAGCUAAUGCUUGGGAAGCAGAGCUGGGAGCUCUGGGGACACUGCAAAGGCCAAUUGUGUUCCUCAUCCUGCAGCUGGCAGGAGGAUUUGAGCUGCCACAAGCAUGUCUUGGGCUCUGUGUGUGUGUGUGCCAUACUCCAUUUGUGGCUGCCAGUACCCACACUGUCAGUGCCCACGCUGCCGCUGCCCACACUGCCGCUGCCCACACUGCUGCUGCCCACACUCCUGGUGCCCACAGCCUAAAGGGAUGCAGGGGCAUUUCCCCAUGGCUUCAGAGCUCUAAGCUCCCUUCAGCCCUGGAGGUGAGGGGUAAAGGAAUGCCUGUGCCCCCCUUAUGUGCCCCUUGGAGGCAGUGCUGGCAAUGCCCAAUGCCAGGACUCAGUGUGCGGGUGCCCACUGCCCCAUGGAGCCAUGCCCUGGGACCAGGACAGGUUGGGAGCAGCCAGGAAUGGGAGUCCCAGGUUGGGGUAGAAACUGCUGGGGGUGGGACCUGCUCAGGGUGGAUGCCUCCCAGCUGAGCUGGGUGGACACCACAUCCCCAGGUAGUGUGGGGUGGGAUGCCCAGCAUGGGGCUGUGGGUGCCAGAAGUGACUCUGCCCUCCUUUCCCCAGACCUGCCCGUGCUGCUGACACCCUCCGCUGAAGCCCAGAUGGUGCAGUCGCUGGGCUUUGCUGUGUACCGGGCACUGGACUGGGGGCUGGAUGAGAAUGAGGAGCGGGAGCUGAGCCCACGCCUGGAGCAGCUCAUUGACCUGAUGACCAACAGCGACUCAGAGGACAGCGGCUGUGCCACGGCUGAUGAGGGCUAUGGGGGGCAGGAGGAGGAGGAGGAGGGGAGUGAGGGGCUGCCACGCGCCGUGCGCACCUUCGGCCAGGCCAUGCGGUGCUGUGCCGCCCGCCUGGCUGACCCCGCCGGCGCCCCAGCGCACUACCAGGCCGUGUGCCGGGCGCUCUUCGCUGAAACUGUGGAGCUCAUGGCCUUCCUCGCCAAGAUCCGUGAUGCCAAGGAGCUGCUGCAGAAGCUGAAGGAGGAUGAGGAAGAGGAGGAGCGGCCAGCGGCGGAGCUGGGCAGCCUGCGCAACACUGACUGGGCCCGGCUGUGGGUACAGCUGAUGCGGGAGCUGCGGCAUGGUGUGAAGCUGAAGAAGGUGCAGGAGAAACAGUUCAACCCACUGCCCACUGAGUACCAGCUCACGCCCUUUGAGAUGCUCAUGCAGGACAUCCGCGCCCGCAACUAUAAACUCCGCAAGGUCAUGGUGGAUGGAGACAUCCCCCCCCGGGUGAAGAAGGAUGCCCACGAGCUCAUCCUCGACUUCAUCCGCUCCCGGCCCCCCCUGAAGCAGGCAUCAGAGCGACGGCUGCGGCCCCUGCCCCAAAAGCAGAGGACGCUCCAUGAGAAGAUCCUGGAGGAGAUCAGGCAGGAGCGGAAGCUCCGGCCCGUGGAGCAGAAAGGGUACAGCUCCCUGCCCUGCAUCCCACACGCCUGUGCUGGCCGCCUGGCCUCCAGCUCCUGCCUUGAGCUCUCCCGGUGCCCGGCCAGUGCCAUGCCCACGCGCCCACGGCCACGCGUCCUCCUCAAGGCGCCCACCCUGGCCGAGAUGGAGGAGAUGAACCUCUCUGAGGACGAGGACUCCCCAGGCACAGAGGUGCUGCUGAAGCGAGAUCGCUCCUUCUCGGAGCAAGACCUGGCACAGCUGCAGAGCCAGCUGGGGGGUGACCAGGCUGCACCCCAGGACCCGGAGCCGCUGCAGCCUGAGCCCCGGCCCCGCUCAGGCUCUGUCCCUGCCAGCUGUCACCGGCUGCCAGAUGGCCCAGCACCACCCCGAGCUGCCCUUGGUGCCGUGGAGGAGAGACCAGAGGAUGGAUCCAGCAGUGCCCCCACCACUAGCUCCAAACACCUCUGGCUGGAGUUCAGCCACCCCGUGGAGAGCCUGGCCCUGACUGUGGAGGAGAUGAUCAAUGUCCGCAGGGUGCUGGUCAAGGCUGAGAUGGAGAAGUUCCUGCAGAGCAAGGAGCUGUACAGCAGCCUGCGGAGAGGGAAGGUUUGCUGCUGCUGCAGGGCCAAGUUCCCCCUCUUCUCCUGGCCCGCGGCGUGUCUCUUCUGCAAGCGGUCUGUCUGUAGCUCCUGCAGCCUGAAGAUGAAGAUGCCUUCCAAGAAGCUGGCUCACAUCCCCGUCUACGCGCUGGGCUUCGAGAGCCUCCCGGGUUCGCUGCUGCCCAAGGCGCUGCCGCUGCGCCGGAGGGAGCCCUUCCACUCGCUGUCGGGGUCGUGCUGGCGCCGGGUGGAGGAGGAAUUUCCGCACAUCUACGCGCAGGGCUCGGUGCUGCGGGACGUGUGCCCCGACUGUGCCGGGUUCGUGACGGACGUGGUGAGCUCCAGCCGGCGCAGCGUGGCCGUGCUCAACGCCAGCGCCGCGUCCCGGCGCCACGCCAAGGCCCGCUCCCUCUACAGCGACGCCUGGCUCCAGUGAGGGGCCCGGCGCCCCGGGGGUGCUCCCCGAUGUACAUAUAUACAUAGGAUGGAUACACACAGCCUCUAUAUUUAUAUACGUUAUGGACCAGGGGCAAAGGACCCAUUCCCGCCGUCCCUUUCGAUCCCUGCCACCAGCCCCUGGGGGGAACAAGUCCUGCCAUGGGGCACCUGCAGCCCCUGAGGGGAUGGAUCCCACCGCGGGGUACCCACAGACCCCGACGGGAUGGAUUCCACAGUGGGACAGCGCCUGAGGGGGUGGAUCCAGCGGUGGGGUACCCGCAGGCUCCGGUGGAACGGAUCCAGGUGUGGGACACCUGCAGCACCCGGGGGGAAGGAUCCCACCGUGGAGCAGCUCCUGGGAGGACAGGUCCUGCUGCGGAGCACCCACAGUCUCCGAGGGGAUGGAUCCCACCAUGGAGCACCCUCAACGCCCAGAUGGAUGGAUCGUGCUGUGGGACACCCGCAGCCCCCAGAGGCACAGAUCCCACCGUGGGGCAGCUCCUGGGGGAACGGAUCCCACGGUGGGGCACCUGCAGCCCCCGCAUUGGCUCCCCCCAGCCCUGCUUCUGUGCCAAGCCCUGGCUGUGCCGGGGUGCCCAGUGCCCUGGGCUGGCACGGCUGCUCUGUAUGGCCCCCUUCCGAUAAUAAACCCGCUGGGCUGCCCUGGGGCCGCGUGGUUGGUCCUGAGUGGGUUGUCGGGCAGGAGAGCGGAGUGCCGGGUGCUAGGGGAUGUCAAGGGGCCGGGGACCACCACCCCCUGCACUCCACUCCAUCCUCACAUCCGCCUUCACCAUCCUUCCUAUCCCAUCCCACGGCAGUGCCCACCCGCGACACUGCACAGGACCGUGGGAACACCCCUCUCCCCAUUCCCAUGCUCAUUCUCACCGCCUGUC